AUGACAGCCCUGUCUACACGACUUCACGACAACGCGGGGUCGCGAAAAUUGCUGAACGACAACGAGAUGCGGCUGCGGGUGCGGUCCGGAAAGGACCGCCAGGGCAGCGACACGCGGCGACAGCGCGACCCGGCCGUGGACGACGUGAGUUUCAGCGGCAGCGGCGAUUUGGUCCGCGGCUUGUUCCAGCCGCGCCUUCCGACUUCGCUGCCGCCCCCAGGGCAGCAGCAGCAGCCGUCGCCGCUACCACGCCGACAGCCCGUCCCGUUGUUGCCUCCCGCGCAGCUUCAUCCGGGAGCGCCCCAGGUGGUUGCUCCAGCGCCUGCGGUCUCUCUUCAGUCGCCACCGCCUUCGGAGUUGAUGGACGUCGACCUCUCAGCCGGGCCGCCUUCCCAAGCGGUGGCUGUGCAGCCUGUCCUGCAGCCGCUUUCCUUGGGCACCCCCAAGGAGUCUGACACCGCAGCACCUAGUCCGGCGCCCACUCGGCAGCCGUCGACACAGCGUCAGGAGACGCUGCCUCUCUUCGUGGGUCCCGACGCCCCGUCGCGUCCAGUACCAGAAGCUGCGCCCGUGGUCACAGGCGUGCACCCUGACCUCGGUUUUCAGUCGGUGUUUCCCGAGGCCCCGCGCAGCCAAUGCUGGGUCACUUCUCUUAUGAUCCCUAGUCCUCCAACACUAGUUGGAAUGAAGGAAGCACAGUGGCUGUGGGUGGAUUUACAGCUAGCAACUGCUGGUGAACCAAUAAGCUAG